CUGCAUUCACUUUAACACAUCCUUCCCGUCCAUCACCAUCAUCAAUAGUUGACUGUAAUAUAUAGUCGAUCUUCUAAAAAAGCACUAGAAGGUUUAAUACGAACCAAAACUACUACCUGUGACUACUCAAUUAACAUCAUGAUCGUCCUCUUACCACCGUGCAACCACCAAGAGGAACGAAAAUUAUGGUCGUGAACGAUGAUCACCAGGAGGGCGGAAAUGCCCACCCUCACCAGGUGGAGGAGGCCCAGGCGGAGGGUGCCCAUCGGGCACCUCCCUUGGAGGAUACCUGGACGUCUGAGUCUCCACCGAAGAAGCGAAACAGGAAUAGCGCAACCAAACGCUCCGCUUCAAGCAAAAGGAGGAAAAGCAACCACAUCUCCCGUACAAGCAGUGUCGACACUGUAGUUGUAUCAUUCACAGAAGAGGAUGGAGGGGAUGAAUACAACACCAACAAGGCUAGGUGUGAGCGUGAGGCCAGUGCUGAUGGGAAGAGAAGCAAACAGCACGUUAGUUCAAGUAAGGGGGCUUCCCGUAAUUCAUCUGGAGAAGCAUCUUACUUUGACACGUUUAUUUCAACGGGAAAAAACGUCAAAGAUGCUGUCAAAGAUGAAUUCAAGUUGUAAGCUCUAAAAAUUCAAGUAGUAAAAAACAACAUAGAAACGUCUACGUCAAAGAGAAGACUUCUGACGGAACUGCUGUUAGCACAGCUAAGGUGAAGCUCCAGUUUGAUCCGAGUCCACCAAAAAGAUCGACACGUAAUGUCGUUGCACCAGAAGCUGCGGAAGGACAAGGAGGUGACGAGAUGACAAGAAUUUCAAUUUGUGUCAGAGGGAAAAUAGCUUUGGUUCUUCAUCAUUGAUUUUGUUAUGACUGGUGCUGUAAAAGUCCACAUGAACAUGAUCAUCUAGAAGAAGUAUCAAAGGCUUUCAAGACAUGAUGAGUCUUUUGUAAAUGUAUGAUCCACAAAGUUCUUGUAGUCCCCUCAUCCUUCCACCCACAUCAUCAGGUUUCUCUUCCGGCUACGACCCUUCCAUUUCACCUGAGAAGAGGCGCAAAGCGCAAGGUGGCUGGGUCGCUAGUGCGAAAGAAAGUCGUUGGUCGACUCGAAAUUUGCUUCGAAAUAUGCCAAAAUCACUCUUCGGCGGGAGCUCGUCAACUCAGGGAGGACGGGGACCCACAACUAGUUGUACAAGUACAACCACACAACUAGUCAACCACACAGAAGUAGGACCGGAAGAUGAGUUUGAGCGAUUUCGUGGCAUGUACGUGAUGGACGACAGCAGCCACGAUCAGAGCAAGCAGACUACGCCUGAACGACCAGGCGCGACAAAACCAGGAGGUGGGUGCUCUGUUAUGAGUGCUAUAGGAAAUCCAUCUCCAAAGUUAUCUAGACUAAGAAAAUAAGAAGGUGGAAAAGGAACCCAGCAGAUGAUUUGUGAGAUGAAUUCCCGAUCAUACCUCUAACUCUGAUUCGGCGUCGAGAAUCAGCACUAGCCGCGAAUCACCAGUUCCGUAUGGUGUCGCUAUAGGCAGUGCAGAUACUAGAAGUGCAGCUUCUACCACGUCGAAAACAAGGCUGAAGAACAGAAGUAUGGAUGAUAUGAAAGAACUCGUCAACCAUAGAAGUAGAAGAAAUAAUAGUGGUUCCUCUUUGUCGCCUACGAAAUCCAAGCUAAAUUAAGGCUACCGCUGGACCAUCCUCAACAUCAUCCUUGGCCCUUUUUUCAAGGAGAAAAAGGGACCAGGGAGGUUCUCGGGGAUGCGAGCGCGGUAGCUCUAACUAAAGACCUCCUACAACGGGAGAUCAGCAGAGCGCGGCAGCGCUGACCUCCAUAACAGGUCUUCCUUGAAGAAGAAGAAGAAGUCCUCUCGUAAGAAGAGAGAAGAAGCCGAACUGCAAAAGAUGGUGUCUGCGGGUCCACAAGAUGUCGCUUCCAUCUUGAAGGCGUCUCACUUACUGGAUGAAGAGGAGGAAGAAGCGGGCGAGCAUUCACCGAUGAAGCACUUAUACGGAUUUCGAGAGGAAGAAGGCUUGCACUUUUCGCCACGUGACGAUGGAGGUGCAGAAGGGAAGGGGGUUAUGAUGAAGAUUCAGUUUCGUUUUGACAAGUGUAGUUGUAGUUCCAUGUCGUGGUACUAUAUUGAUCAUCUAUCUUGAUGUAGUUCUUCUUCCCUAUUCUUGAUUCCCGACUACUUGCAAGAUGAACGUAAGGGUCUAAGUGAUCUUCAAUCUUGAUCGAAUGAAUGUAAUUUCAUCUUUCAUCGUUGUCUUCUCUAACCUUGAUGGUCUCGAAGACGACGAAGAUUCACGAAAGGAUGGGCCUAUCAUCCCCGCUCAUUUCCAGAUAACGUCAGAAUGUGCCUCGAGACGACCAAGUGCGCUAGGAGACAUGCAUGCUCUGAGUGGAAAUUAUCCCUUACUUCAAGGACGACAUGCGAUCACUGGGAUCUCGGGUGGACGGGUAAAGCACAUGGCGGAUGGCCAGACCUCGAAGAGUAGAUUUUAUGUUGUUGCAUGUUGGUUUUGUUUAAUAUUGCUACAACUAGUACUAGUAGCGACCAAAAAUGAUGUUCAUACAAGUAGACGGCCAUAAUUUCCUUUUCCUACCUUCUUCUGCUUCUAACGCCCAAGUACUCAUGAAGAUGCUCAGUACCUCUAUCAAACCCGUGGAGAGGGAACGAUGGAUUUUUUACGACUAGAGGACUUGCCAGACUCACCACCUGGCAAUAAAGAUAGUCCGCGUGGCGGCAAAGGGACGAUAGCGCUGGGUGGCGCAAUAGCGCUUCCGCAAAGAAGGGUUUCUGCGAGAUCAGGUGUAGCGAUGCAGAUGAUGGGAGGAGGAGGAUUAUGGAGGAAUGGAGGAAGAGUUUGUCGUGAUACAUGCAUAAUGCUACUUCUACUCACAACACUUCUAGUUUCUGGUGCUAGCAUUUGCGUGAACAAGAUGAAGACUCGACUUCGUACUACCAUAAUUACCGCUUCUCUAUAGUGCUGUCGACGUACUCAAUAGUUUUUACCUAAAAAUAUUAAUUAUAAUUAGUUACUUCUUCUUCUACUUCAUCUUCUUACAAGUUCUCUUCUUCUAAUCACCUCUGGCAAAGACGGCGCAGAAGACAAAGACGUAGAUGAGGAAAAUAGCGAAUCUUCAGAAGGGGCCGAAGCGCCGACGCCACGACUCUAUCACAAAAUCAAAUGCUGUACGUAAAUUUACCUAGUUUUCCUCAUAGUUGUUAUUGUUUUUCUGUGCAUGAUGUAUGAUUCAAAUACGUAGACAAGCAGACUACCUUGUCUCCUGUAGGUAUGUGACGUACUCCCAGGAGUGAGCUAAAAACGCUAAAAACACUACACGACUACAGGGUCCCGCUUCAAGCGUCGUUUCGAAAACAUCCCCAUGCCUGGUGAGGAGCAUGGCGCUGUCGUUCUAGAGGGUGACGCCAGUUUUCAUGAAGCCCUUGAAACGCUGAAGGCAUAUUCCACCAGAGACUACUUUCAGUCUAGACAUCGAAAACUAGCAGCCGAUGCUACCUGGAAGCGCUACAGAUUAAGGCGUCAACAUCUUUUAGUGUCCAUCUUGAUCUUUCUCGGCAUCUUGGUUCGACCUUUUUCCCUUGUUGUAUUCUCAUGAAUAAAUACAAUCUUGAUCCUUCUCGGCAUCUUCUUGGUACCCUUGUUUUUCCCUUGUUGUAUUCUCAUGAAUAAAUACAAUCUUGAUCUUUCUCGGCAUCUUCUUGGUACCCUUGUUUUUCCCUUGUUGUAUUCUCAUGAAUAAUUAAAUACAACAAGGGAAAUUAUUCCCGGGUCAAUCUGAUGAGGGGAUCUUCUAGAUGCACAUGCAUUCUUCUAGCACACUCUAAAGAGAGACGUCGUUGCAGUGGCUUUGAUCUUGUUCGCGAACCUGUUGUAUAUUGGCGUUGACGUAGACGACCACAAGCCAAAACGAAGGGUCCGCAUUCUAGUCGAGUCUCAGUGGAAGGACGACGUCGACCGAACGAUCUUCAUGCACAGUGGGCUGGCUUCGUUGCAUUCAGGGAUGUUCUCGGCGAGUGCUACGCUCAGGCAAUUGUUGUUAUGGGAAUGGAUUACAACUAGCCAGAAUGUGGAUUCGACCACAGAUUUUCUAGCCAGAAUGUGGAUUCGACCACAGACUUUAGAUCAUUGGGUCGUGUGUGAACUAGUCUCGAUCUGCCUGCGUUGUUGUCGGUCUGCUAGCAGUUUCACCUUCAUCACAUCUCGGAGCUGUUCCUCAGAACAGUAUGGCUUCACUCAAAACGUCUCACUUCUAAUCUCCGGCUUCCCACUCCCCAAAGACCAACGGGAAGACCAUGAUGACGCUGAUUUUCCUAGUACGGAGCUUACCAUCAACGGUCAUCGUCAGAUACUUGGAGGAUCAUCAGACGUGGCACAAAACGGACUUUGGGCGUUGCCCGCUUACCGGCACCGUGAUCAAAUGCUCAAGAAGAAACGGGCAGCCGCGUAUGAUUUGAUAUUGGGGUUAUGGCAGAGCUGCUAGCUUAAAGCAGUAAAGUACUUAAAACAACGGGAGGUUAGAAAGAUAUCCCUCUAUCCUUAGAAGCCUUCAAACAAUCAGUUUCUUUCAAAAUGUUUAUGUUAAGAACAAUCACUUUCUUUCAAAAUGUUAAUUUCAUUGAUGCCUUAGCCUUGAGUCCUCUGUACGCGCCUUCCUCAAAGAUGCAACAAGAUGAAUCAUCCUCGAGAGUCUGGUAUCUACCCUUCUCUUCUAACGCAAUCCCGCGACUCUAGUGAGCAAGCCCGUGUGGCGCAUCAACCUGGCGAGACGAUCUGGGAGGUUGUCGAGGAAACAACUUCUGCUGCUCGCAUCGACAACAUUUUCAGUGAAGUAGAAGCCUUGCAUGAAAAGAGUCUGAGGAAGAGAAGAGAACUGCUGGCAUCAGCUUUUAUUAUGGGUGUAGGGAAUUCAUCUCCAAAGUCAUCUGGAAGAAACUAAAUAGAGAAAUAACAAGAGCCCAGAUGAUCCCCGAGAUGAAUUCCCGAUGCCUCUAAUUCUACUACUAGUAGCAAUGGUGGCCAUCAUGGUGGUGCAACAUCAGCUACUAGUGGAAGUGGUGCCAGUCCAGGAGAACCAGAUCAUGAUGUAGUGUCUUCUCUGGAGCAGUCCUUGGAAGAUGCGUUCGGAGGCCAAGGAGCCACUUUACACAGCAGAAAUCUGCGAGCGGCUUUGAAUUCUACAGCAUCUUCCAAGAGGAGGAAACUUUUUGAACAUGCUGGUUCAUUAAGGAUUCUAGGAAGUAGUGGCGCACCAGAAGAGGAUGUUGGUGACGGAGAGGCGAGUAGUAGUUUUUCGCUGAGUGAUAUGCAGGAGUACAACAAUGGCGAUGGCAGCUUUGGACGAACUACGAGGAAAAGAGGACCGAUCGCUAGUACCUGGUCUUCUUUCUGGUCGUUGAUUUUCGGUCGACAGCGUCAGCAUACAUUGAUCGGUAGAGAGGAGCACAGACGGCGAACGUACGGAGAGUACAGAUCGGAGAAGAGUCUGAUUUUACCCGAUGGCUCUAGGCCGAUCCAAUGGCGUGAAGCCAUGCUACACCAGUUGCGCAAAGAAAGGGCUGUUUUUUCGCCUCCACCGGGAACGGGAAGUUCUUUAGCGAAGAAUUCGGGAGUUGGCUUUGGUGAGCCUGUCGCAACGUCCUCUGAGGAAGAGUCAUCAGGUGUGCAUCUCAGCAGCCACAACAUCCCUGCUGUGGAUCAUCUCGAGGACAGCUUAGUAUUAAGGGUACACCUUUAAGGUGCUUUUGUUACCGUUUGUUAAGUUAUGCCUCUCCUAAGAGAGAGGACAGCCAUAACAAGCGGGAUAAGCGAACACCAAAGACCUCCCUCUAAUAGUAGAGCCUCCUUCUUUAUUGUCUCAACUGUUCCAUGACGCUGCUACCUUCGUCGAGCAGACACGCAGCUUCUUCUCGCCUGGACCGACGUUGGUUGUGAUUGCGCCACCCGCUGAUGGCUCCGCGGUUUUCCUGACUGACCACGCCAGAGCCUACGAGCAGAAGUGCCAUGUCCAGAAGCACACCUUCGAGCGGGUUCCGGUGUGUGCCAAGGCCAAGCACGCACGUGGGAGGCCAUUGAUGGUCUUGCUGGAGGAGAAUAAGGGAACGAACACGAAGUCGAUGAGGGGAGUAUUAAAGGAUCUCGACGAUGGCGCACUAGCAGCAGAGGAUAGCAAAACAUCAACAUCUUCCACCUCGUCCGCCAUCCAUGAAGAUGACGUCUUUUUAAGGGUUGGAAGUUGGCCUGUCAUCUACUUGAGAGCAUCUCUAUGGCUUCUUCAAGUAGGAAAGCCAUAGAUAUGCGACCUACUAGAGGGGGGCCAACUUUCCACCCCUAAUCUUUGCGCAACUCCAAGGACCAGCAAUCGCAUGGCGCAGGAAGCUACUAGCUCAGCAGCGACGACAUAAGAGGGAGCUCCUGGCCGCCAGCAGUGCUUCUCUAAGAAGUGGAUCUUCUUCGAGGUCUACUUCUGAGUCCUCCUUGCGGACAUUGUCUGACACGCUCGAGCAAGACUCUGAGGACGAUCUCCUCGAAGAUCAAGGCGAUUUCUCAUCCUCAAGUCCUCCACGUCGUAUCCUCCUACAAGUUGAGGACCGUCCUCUAGGCAAUCUCGUUCUGGACUUGCUGUUCUUCGGCUUUUUCUUCUGGGAAUUGAUCUAUCGCUGCUCACGCUACACCUACUACAACCUAGAACACUUCAUCAACGACAAUUUCUUCCCAUUUGUCUGCGUCGUGCUGGAUAUCGCGAGGUUGUCAGUGAUCUUCACAGGAGGGACGGAGGAUAAGGUACUACUAGUAGUUUUAUUCACAGUAUUAUUGUGGUUCUUGAUCUUGUCGUGCUGAAAAUUCUUGUGGGUGCAGCUCCUGAAGAUUUUAUUUCUUUGAGAAGGUUUUUCUUUUUGAUUUAAGAAAAGUUUGACUUCCCCACGACGCCAGCACAUAGCCAACAUACUGCUGCUACACAUUUCCCCGCACACGAGCUUUCCCAACUCCAAUAUCCUUCAACCCAUUUUAUUGUUUUAAAUUCCUAAAAAUAACCUUCAGGUAAUCCACGCUUUCCUGCUCUUACGACUUUUCCAAAAAUAACCUUCAGGUAAUCCACGCUUUCCUGCUCUUACGACUUUUCCGGGUUUGGCGCUAUUCGCAGAUGGCCCUGGCGGUGUCUCCUAGAAUGCGAAGGUGUGGCUUCGUUUUGGACCAAUUCUAUGGUCUCCGUAGGCCCCUGA